AUGGUGAUGAUGAUCUUGAUGUUGUUAGUGAAGCAAAGUGUACAACUGAGGUCCACUCAUCCAUUACAUGAGGUUGUAGAUAGGAUAAACCACCACUCUUCUUACAUUGGCUUAGUUUUAGCCUUUCCUGCUGAAGAAAUUCCUCUUCAAAACUCUGGUCUUUUUGUGCCCAACUCUAGGAAUCCAUACAUCCAACUCGCCGGCAGGAAAUUCAACAUUGGGAAAAUUAAAGGUGUAGAUGUAAUCUAUGUCUUAACAGGAGAGCAAACAGUAAAUGCUGCACUUACAGUACAGGCUCUGGUUCAGACUUUUAAUAUCAGGGGAAUUGUUCAUUAUGGCAUUGCUGGUUGUACUAAUACUUCUAUGUCUGUCGGAGAUGUCGGCGUGCCACAUUCUUUUGCCUUCACCAGCUCCUGGAAAUGGCUGGAUUUUGGGUCUGAUGAAACGAGUGAAAAUGAGCUGAAAUUCGGGGCGUACAAUCUUCCAAAUUCAGGAGAGAAUUUACUGGAAAGAAUUCAGUUUACUCCUGUACAACUUUUCUCUAAUAAGAAGGCAAUGCAAGAGCUUUUUUGGUUUCCAGUUGAUGCUCAUUGGUAUAAUCUUGCUACCCAACUUCAGGGAUUGAAGUUGCAGCAGUGUUUAAAUGAGACUGCUUGCUUACCUAGAGAGCCAAAACUAAUAUUUGGACUAAGAGGCUCAACCGCGAAUGUGUUCAUGUCUAAUUUGGCAUUUGCAAAGUUCCUCUACCAAGAAUUCAGUAUAUCUACAGCAGAUGAAGAGAGUGCUGCAAUUGUACAUGCAUCACUUUCGAAUGGAGUACCAUGUGUUGUGUUUCGUGGUGUAUCGGAUGUGGCUGGUGGAGAGAAACUAGCAUUAGCUGGUCUAAGUUCUCUGGCUGCUAUCAACUCCUUUAAAGUUGCAGCAAAAUUUGUAGAACUUAUUGGCAAGAAGAAAGCUAUAUUUUAA